CAUCCUGUCUACUACUGGAGUAAGGAGAGGGAGACGCAGAGAAAGAGAGAGUGUAUGUUUUUGUUCUUUGGCAGAAAGGCGUUCUCCUGCCUCAGGAUGUUGCCUUUAAAGCUGAAGAAGUAGGUUUCCUGUGGAGGAAACGAUCACAGAAUAGACAAGGCUUGGUCAAGACACCAUGUUCCCAGCAUUUCAUGAGCACAGGUCACCAAGCUGCAGAGCAGGCAGCAAGCUUUCGUGGAACUAAGUUGGUCUAACAUCUUAGAGAGGUGUUUCUUUCCCCUGAUGGAUCCUGGAUGCUAUGGAGGCUGGUUCACUGGAAGCAAGAAGUUAGAGCCUGACCUUCUCCACAUAGGAAUGUAUUUAUGAAUAUUACACAAUGGACCAAUGACAAGUCGAUGAGUCAAACUGAUAACAACUGAGACUUUUUGUCUUUUCUUUUGCUCUGAGAGAAUGAAUUGGUAUUUCUACACCAACGCAUCACCCUGAAAGUGCCAGUCAAUGUCUGAGUGAGGUUUCUAGUUUCUCAUGCCAGGUAUUUAACCAACAGAGACAUGUCCAAUGACAGUUGCAACCUUCCCUUGGACACAGACACAUUUGGCCUGACUUGUAUCUAUGGACUGAUCUUCUCUUUGGGUCUCCCCAGCAACCUGUUGUCUCUCUGGGGACUGUAUCAACUGGGUCGCUCAGGUGGGGGAGGUUGUCAGCUGGUCUACAUCCUCAACCUGCUGCUGUCAGAUCUCCUCCAACUGCUCACCCUGCCACUGUGGAUUCUUUACCUUCAGGGUGCGCACAGCUGGCCCUAUGGCCAGCUGACCUGUGAGCUGGUUGGCUAUGUGUUUUACGUGAACGUCUAUGCCAGCGUCAUGUUCCUCUGCCUGAUAGCGCUGGACCGCUGCCUGGCCAUCGUGUACCCGCUGAGCAGCCGCAGGGUCCGGACUGUCAGGGUGGCAGUAAUGUCAGGUGUAGCCGUCUGGACCCUGACCUUCCUGUUCUGUCUGAGUGGGCUGCUACCAUCAGUGUUUGAUGCUGACAGAAAGCUGUGUCUGGAGCAGUACCCCGUCAGCCCCAGAUAUGCCCACUUCAAGAUCACCACCGUGGUCCUUGGUUUUCUGCUGCCUUGUGCCAUCCUAGGCUACACAUCCGCCCACAUCGGGGUGACACUACGACGAUCCCCUUCCCUCUCCGACCAUGAGCGCCACAAAAUCGUGGGCAUCCUGGUUGUCAUCACUGUCAAUUUCAUAGUUGUGUUUGGGCCCUACCACCUCGUGGGCGGAUACAGGUUUGUGUCCUUGCUGCUGACUGACGAGCCGUGUGGAUUUGAGCGCUCCAUUUUCCUCAUCUAUCGCCUGUGCUACGGUUUGACCAGCCUCAACACCUUGCUGGAUCCCCUCUUCUACAUCUUCCUGUGCCCUGAUGCUCGGCUAGAGCUGCAAAGGUCCUUGCCCUGUCUGGGAAGGGGGCAAAACACCCGUAAAAAGAUGACCCUCAGCACCAGGGCUCACUCGGACACCCAGGGAGAGAGUGGAACUGGACAUAAUAAUCUCCUAGUAGUAUAACUUGGAUUUGACCACAGACCUUAUUCCUGCUAUUCAGUCGAAGCAACUGCACCACCCAGUGGAAAUAGAUGUGCAGUGUGAGUUUCAGCUCUCAGUGAAUACAUAAAUUUGCCUCUGAGUAUUUCCCCCUCUUCAUCCAAAGAAUUCUACUUGUACAGUUUUUAGUUUCAGUUUCUCAUUUAGUCACCUAAAUACUCAUUCAGAGGCUGAGGAAAACCGAAAUAUUUCAGAGAUGUGCAAAGACUUGAACUGUUGCUGACAAUAACCUAAAUAUUGUAUAAUUAACUACAAAUAUAGAAAUUCACAGUUUCUUAUUUGUAAAAAAAUGAAGUGACAUUUUUUGAUAAUCACUGUUCCUUCAAAGUAGAGCCAUUUAACUGUCUGAAACAUGACCUGGAAUUUGCUUAAAGAUGUUUGCUUUAAAGAGACUGACCUGUGUAUGGAAAUAAACAGUUAUGGAAAUUUCAAAUUCAA